ACAAGUCACAGCGCUCGAUCUAAACUAGCGUGAUGGUUGUUUUUCAAGCCUGUGUCGAAUUUUAAACCCGGUUUUAAAUUGUAUAUUUCAUGGAAAUUCAAACUCUUUAAAGAUGUCUUGCUCAAACCCACCAGCCAGAGAGAAUGCUCAUGUAUUGAGCUUUGAUAAAUCAUCAUGUACCGCAGUGUAUGCGUGUGACACGGGGUACUCUAUGGUGGGGUCGGGUGUAGCUCAGGGAACCACAGCACCAUCUAUAGCAUGGUCCACUGACGUCAAUUGUGAAUUAGCAUUUAUUAAGAAUGUUUGGUUUUGGUUUCUAGUCGGUCUUGCCACACUUCUGACGAUAGCGGGACUAACGCUGCUGUGUGUAUAUUGUUAUCGUCGCUGCUUCAGGAUGAGAUCAAGAAGAGUAAAAUCUCGACCAAAUGAUGACGAUAGCCAAAAACCCAAUCAAACGCCAAGGAGCUCUCGAAACGAACCAGGAUGUUUUGAAUAUGGCGGGAAAUGCGAUCUCUGUUGUGUCGAUUAUUACGGAUGUUGCUCGUUGCUAGGAUGUUGCGGUUACCAUGGUGGCUGCUCGUGUUGCUUUAGCUGUUGUCGCUGUUGCAGGGAACCGGAAGAAGGGCCCGGAAUUUCGAGUCUUCCGGUUUCUGUUUUUCGGAAAUGGAAGCGGAAAGUAAAAGGACACGGGAGAAUGAACGCCACUAGACCCGUUCUUGUGAUACAGUACAACAGGGCUAAAAAGAAAUCGGCAUCAAGAGCGUCAAUGUCCGCUAAACAACCGGUGAUACCUCUGUGGCUGCCGCACAAAAAUCCAGUCCGCGACAUAAAUACUAGCACGAGGUGACAUUUUUUUAACGCAAAUCAACACUGAUUUAUAUGAAAAAUACUAUUUAACAUUUUACAUGUACAUUGAAUUAUGAACUGUUUCAACUACUUACCGUAGGCGUCGGAUCCGGGGCGCUUUGUUUUGUUUUGUUUCGUUUAUUGGCAAACACAGGCUUAAUCAUAACCUUUUUCUGCUUGUCAAACUUCGGGAUAAGUCUAGCCCCCCUCCCCCUCCUUUCAAUUUGCCACUGCUUUCAGUUUUUUUCUAAAAUAUUAACAUUUUUGGAACGCAGUAAUUGGUCAUCAAAGUAAUGCUUCAGGUUGUUUUUAAUGGCAAAUAUAUCCCAACAUAUUUUCAACCAUAAGUGGGGAAUAUUCUCGUCGCUUAUUUUUAUUUAGCUUUUAUAUAUACUUGUGCUUAUGAUUUUUUAGCUCACCUGAGCUGAAAGCUCAAGUGAGCUAUUCUGAUCACUUUUUGUCCGUCGUCCGUCCGUCCGUCUGUCCGUCUGUCUGUAAACUUUUUACAUUUUGAACUUCUUCUCUAAAACCGCUUAUCCAAUUUCAACCAAAUUUGGCACAAAGCAUCCUUAUGGGAGGACGAAUAUAAAUUGCAGAAAUAAAAGUCCGAUCUGUAUUCAAAGCGGAGAAAACCUUGAAACUGUAGAAAAAGGGGGGUGCAUUUUUAAAAAUCUUCUUCUCAAGAACUACUGAUUCCAAUUCAACGUAGUUUAGCAUAAAUUAUCCUUAUGGGAAGGAAAAUAUAAAUUGCAAAAAUUAAGGUCUAAUUUUGUUUCAAAUCUGAGUUAUUACGAAAAUAAUAAUAAAGGAAAGGCGUGUUUCAAUCAGUUUAAUAGCCUCGGAUUCGGCAUCCGGUAAAAUGGGUAGACAAGACUUGGCCUGGGCAAAACAAAAGAUAAGCAGUUAUUAAUCUGCCAAUCUCAUUAAAAUUUCAGGAUAUUUGAUGGACCAGUAUAUUUGUAUUUGCUGUAAAUAUUGCUGCAAAAUAAUGCGUAUUUGGAAUUGACGAUUGUCGAUCUGCCCCGGCUUUUAUUUUGCCACGGCCCGGUUUUGCUUACCCAUUUUACCAAGACUCGUAUUCCAUACGAUCUAAAGGUAUCACACCGGUAAUUGUUUUCACUAUAUAACACUAUAGAAGGGAAAAAAUUCUUAAAAAUCAGUUUGUAUUUUUCAUGACAAAAUAUUCGGAGGAAAUGUUAUUUGUUCCCUAUCUCAUCAGCUAACACCAUAAAAAGGGCAAGCGAUACUGCAUUUUCUCAAAAUAUCUAGCUCCAAACAGGUCUACCCUCAAAACCACGUGUUUUCCAUUUGUAUGUAAACAGACUGCAAACUCCACAGGAAGCUGCUGCAUGAGCCCUGAAAGAAGUAGUCCCUGUGAAAAAAAAUCAUCACCUAACAAAAUACAUGAAAUAUCCUACUCAGUGGUACAAAAAAUUUUAAAACUGAGUAAAGGAAAAUGUAAAAAUGCAGUCAAGGAAAAAAAUAAUUCUGAAGUAUAUAUGGAACUACAAUUGGUUCAUUUUGAUUGGCCGAUUACCGGUGUGAUACCUUAAAACGAGGUUCUUUGUUUAAAGCAGCCAUGACAUUAUACGAAAAAGGGUCGAUCUGACUAUGAUGAAUUUGCUUGUUGUGCAACAGUUCGCGUAUGAAGGGAAAUUUUUGAAACAUGAAAAAUAUAUUGGUGCCGAUUUUGUGAAGUAAAUUGAGGCUAAAUAUUUCAAUGCGUUGACAGUUUUCACACAUGACGUUGAUGUUAGCUUGUUCUGAUUUUCGUUUCGUUUUCAUUAUUUAUGCUUUGUAACCUGGAAACUGUCGUCUGUAUUUCGUGAUUUUUACGUAUCAAAUCAAACAGAGACUUCGGUAAAUCAAACAGUUACGUUAACUGUUUACCUGCGCAAGUUAAGCAAAAUCUGAUGUAGGAGUACUGAAAUACAAUUCAUUCUAUCGGUAAUUCGGCAUUAUUUUUUGCGUAAUGGUAGAUUAAUGCAAUAGGUUUUUGUUGAGAUGCUCGGCAUUUUCUCUAGUUUAUUCAGUUUAAAUAGAGUUUGAUAUCGCUUACGGAAAUAUGUAGGUAUAUACAUGUAUAUAUAUGAUUCAUUUCGAAAAAAUAAAUUGUGUUCUUUA